AAUAUAAUUCGACCAGUUGAUGCGAAGUGUAUGUAAUGUUAUAUAUAAAUUUUAAUGCCUAAAUAAGCAGUUCACUUCAAUCGACAAAGAGUCUUUACUCGAAAUUAGAAACAGGCUUUGCCACAAUAUUUUCACAUUUUGGAUAAUGCUGGAUACGUCGAUAGGAUUCUUUACCAUAUGUCAGUUGGCACUUCAGAUUUAAUGACAAUGUUGAAAUGUGAGGAUAUGAGAAAGUUAAUUGUUAACAGACUUCAAGCACCUGUUGUUUUUAAAGGCAUGAUAGAAUCUUGGAAGUGCAGUUCGUGGUUAGUAAAAGACUGGAUAGAAGCUUGUCAAGAUUUAAAAUUUAACUUUCGAGUUGCCCUGAAGGGAGAGCCAAGAUGGGAAAGAGAUGCUGACUAUAUCAAAUGUUCUCUUCAGGAGUUUUUUGACUGGGUGAAUGAAACUGCUAGCAAAGAAAGUUCAUUAGCAUCAUAUAGUCCUUCUACCCAUUGGUGCUACUCUAGUUAUAAUUAUAUGUCCAAGGUUUUUGAAAGUAUUCCUCAUAUCCUGCAGGUUGUUGAUUGGAAAACCUUUGGAUUUGAGAAUAGAAAAGGUAAAGAGAGUACUUUCUGGGUUGGCAGCAGUGGUGCCCAUACUCCUUGUCAUCAAGAUACUUAUGGCUGUAAUUUAGUGGCUCAGGUGUGUGGAAGAAAACGCUGGGUGUUGUUUCCACCAGAAGAUGUUGCACAUUUGUAUCCAACACGUAUUCCAUAUGAAGAAUCCAGUAUCUUCAGUGAAGUUAAUGUUACUUGUCCCGAUCUUUCUAAACAUCCCAAGUUCCGGAAUGCUCAUCCCUAUAUCAUCACAUUAGAGCCUGGCGAAGUUUUGUUUGUGCCAAAGUUGUGGUGGCAUUUUGUAGAGUGCCUAGAACCCUCUAUCAGUGUCAAUACAUGGAUCGAGCUGCCCAGUGAUGAGGAAUCAAGAUUGAAUGAAGCUGUUGUCCGGACAUUGAUGACAGCUUUGAUCCCAGUGUAUCAACCUGAUGAAAUGGAAUGGAUAAAUCCUACUGAAGAACUUGUUUCACCUGAAGAAACUUUACAUUAUAUUCGUAUAGUUUUGAAUAAUCUUUGUAACCAGAGAGAAAAGAACAUAUUUACGUCUGAUAUGACACAGCAAGUAGGUUCGGAUGGAAGUUGUGAAAAGAAAAGGAGACUUCAUGAAACAGGAGCAACUGGUUCAUACCAAGAUGUUACUUCAGAAUAUGCCUGGAUAACAAAGGUGCCUAGUCUCACAUUCACUGAAUUCCAAAAUGUGUGCUGUGCCAAUAAUAAAGACAAAAAAGGUUUAGAAGGCCUUUCGUGUAGUAGCUCGAACAUAGAAGUUCCCUUAAAAGAUGUUCUCAAUUCUUUUGUUCAUCCUGAUGUGGUACAGUGUGUUGUUGACAAGUUAACAAACUUGUUCACUUGUACGUCAUCAGAAACCAAUAAAGUAUGAACUAACUUGUACUUUAAGUCUUUUUAAGAAAUAUUUGUCAAUCUUACAGAAAAUAAAAUCUUCCAGUUUUUCAGCACAGAAUUUGAGUUUUUCUAUCAAACUCUAAAUGUCCAUGUAGUUUUUAUGAGUAAAACAUUUUUUUUCCAUUCUUUCUGUAAAGUAAAGCUUUCAAAUUCGUAAAAAAAUACAGUUUGAAAUGUAUGGCAUGUUUUUGUCUAUAGGUUUAAACUUAAGGUUGUGUCUUGAGUUUCAACGAAGUCUUUAACAUUAAUUUUAAUUUUAAAACCUAUUUUUGUACUCGCACUUCAUCCUUAUGUGUAAGACGGGCAUUCUGUCAUACAGUCUUACUCAAAAAACUUGUACAAAUAACCUUUACAGUUAGCUGCACUAUCAAACUUGGCUUAAUUAGAAGCAUUACAAUCUUGUACAGUGUAUUCUCUUGUUUUAUAUUUAGGAUUUUUUCAUCUCCUUCUCACAUAACCAGUUUUUUGGUCCUUCCAAAAAAAAAGACUGAAAAAAAUCUGCAGAAUUACUUUGAGUUUAAUACCAAGUUAUGAACUGUUGUAUAAAUAAUGUUAGUAAAUAAAACAUUUUUCAGAAUGGA